ACAACCCUAAGCAUUUACAUACAACACUCAGUUUCCCUCACCUUCGUAGCCACCUUACUUCUCUCCUACUUCCCUUAUUUUCUAGCUCUUUAUCUAUAUAGGUGAAUCGAUCUUCAUAUCACACCACCUCCUCCUUCUUAUCUCCUCUUUUAUUGUACACUUCUAUCAACAUAUAUAAAUACUUUUUUUUAAAAACAAUUCAAAAUUAAUUAUAGUAUAGAUAACUAAAGCUAUAUGCAUUUUCAGUACAUAUCGGCAUAAAUUGCCAUUUUGGGGGUUAAAAUGGGUGGGUUGAUAUAUCUGUCAAGUAAUUAAUAUCCAGAAGUAGAACCAACAUUUGCUGGUGAGCACAUUUAAUUUAAUAGAAUAAAUAUGAUUUGUUUGUGGCGAAUAGAAUUUCAGUAGCGGCUAUCUAUAAAGCAGAUAUAAUACUUGCCCAAUUCGUCUCACCUGCUUUAACUUAACUGUAUCUCUCGCAGAUCGAUUAUCAAAUACAGAAGCAAGCAUGGAAAGGAGUGAUUGGAGUACAAGCAAGAUGGGCAAGUGGGAGUUUAACAGGUUGGACUUGGUGGAGUUGGAGGGUGAGCAGUACUCAUGUUGUAAGUCACCAUGGCCUCCAAAAUUUUAUACUUGUGCCUUUUGCAAGAGAGAAUUCAGGUCAGCUCAAGCCCUUGGAGGUCAUAUGAAUGUUCAUAGGAAGGAUAGAGCCAGGUUGAGAUUGUUUUCUUCAUGGGUUUUAGAAUCCCAGAACCCUAAUAAACCCAACUCUAACCCUAAUCACCCUAACCCUAUUAAUUCUUCUUCUCCAUCUGAUGACUUCUCUGUCUAUCCCCAUCAUUCUUUGCUUUCUCCACUCUUCCCCACUCCUUCGUCUUCAGUUCUAACCUAUGGUGAAAACCCAAAAAUGUCUCUGAACCCUCAACUUGGAGAUUUGUCACAGGAGAAUACCAUGACACCCUUCCCAGCUGGGGUUGAAAAUUUGAAGGUGCAUGCACCAAAUUAUAAGCUUGAGGUCGGUGGGGUUACUGGUUUAGACUUGGUCACAGGGUUCGGAGAUACAAAGGAGGUUUUAGAUCUAGAUCUUCGACUAGGGCAUCUUUAAGUGCAAUGGUGGUAUUGUGGCUCCAAUUUAUGUAUCUUAUUUCAUCAUCUAGGUUGCAUUAUUUACUUGUCUCCUGUUCCUUUUUUUCUUUUUUAUCUCUACAACUGCAAGAUUCUCUCUUUUCCUUCCCCAUCGCUUUCUCAUCCAUGAUCCACCAGGUGUCAAAGUUCAAGCCAUAUUAUACUGAUAUUAAGACUAAAAUUAAUGUUUUAGCAAAUAUAUAUAA